UCAAUAUGCUUAUAUAUUUUUAUUUCUAUUAAAAAAACAACAAAAAAAAUUAUUAUUUUUUUAACGCUAUUACGUGUUCAUGAGUUUAUUUUCCAUUUUUUUUUCCGCCGACAUUGUGUUUUUACGCACAUACGAGUGUAUUUCGACAUGCACUUACAUUUUCUUUCUUCUUUUCCAGGACGGCUGGAAAAGAACGAUGACAUUUAUGAGUAUCCGAAAUUUUCAUUGUACAUUUUCUUUUUUACUAUGUUGAACCUCCGUCCCAUAUAGUAAGGAAAGACGACCAGACGCUGCUAAAUUUAGUAAGCUAUCAGAAGAGUGUUUACCAACGACAAACUCUUUGGGUUUAAACUUCUGGCUGGCCACGUCUUAGGGUCGUCACUGCCCCACUAGGGGGCGUGAUCUGUAGCGGUAAAUAAAUCCCUAAAAUAAAUAGCUCUGUAAGUUUUCGACAUUGGAUGCUGACCAUAUGUUUUAGUGGACUCAUCUAGCUGAAGGCGCUCGGUCAGGCAUCCGCACCAGAUCACGUGUGGUAACGCCGUGCUCAACAUCAACCGCAAUCGCUAGCCAGAUUAGAUCAGAGAAUUCCGAUAUAUUGGUCAUCGCCAAAUAUACUCUUCCGAUCUCCUCGACUCUGUCUUUUGAUUUCUCUGGGUGGGAACGAAAUAUAUUAGGUGUUACUGGUAGAAGCGUUGUCAAACACUGAAUACCUGUGACAUCAUCAAUGUGAAUCAUGGAAAACUUGUGUAUCGGUUUGCCAUAAUAAGAAUUCAAACACUGGUAUUGCAUGCUGAUUGCCUAUUUCUGUAGACUAACAAAAACUCAUUUGAAUCCGAAUGAGUUAACUGAUGGCAUAUUACAUUUUUUCUGGUUAGCGUUUUUGAAAGCAGACGUAGCAGUAACUGCAAGGAUACUCCACAUUCUCUUCAAUAAGAUUUGGGAUGAAGAACAAGUACCAAAAGACUGGAAAGAAAGACAGCAUCAUUGAUGAACACGGUGGAUCUGAUGCAAAUGUGAAGGCGCGGAUCGGAAAAGCAAGAGCAGCAUAUUUACAACUGAAGAACAUCUGGAACUCAAAGCAACUGUCAACCAACACCAAGGUCAGGAUUUUCAAUACAAAUGUCAAGACAGUUCUACUAUAUGGGGCAGAAAUCUGGAGAACUACGAAAGCCAUCACACAGAAGAUACAAGUGUUUAUUAACAGUUGUCUACGCAAAAUACUUCAGAUCCGUUGGCUAGAUACUAUCAGCAACAACGUACUGUGGGAGAGAACAAACCAGAUCUCGGCGGAGGAAGAAGUCAGGAAGAAGCGCUGGAAUUGGAUAGGACACACACUGAGGAAAGCACCCAACUGCGUCACAAGACAAGCCCUCACAUGGAAUCCUCAAGGCCAAAGGAAAAGAGGAAGACCAAAGAACACAUUACGCCGAGAAAUGGAAAUAGACAUGAGAGAAAUGAACAAGAAUUGGAUGGAACUAGAAAAGAAGGCCCAGGACAGAGUGGGUUGGAGAAUGCUGGUCAGCGGCCUAUGCUCCAUUAGGAGUAACGGGCAUAAAUAAGUAAGUAAUAUUACAUUUUUACUUCUACAAUAAAUAAAACCAUACAACACUUAAUGAAACAAGGAAUGCGCUUAAACUAAAAAAUUAUUGUUGUAUUAUAGCAAAGUGAAUACAUCAGUUCGCUCGCUUAAUUUUGUAACAUAGUAAACAGUAAUUAAAUAGACAGUGUUAACAUCCAAAAUUAAUUACUGAAGGUUUGUAUCCUACAAUUAUUGGAUGAUCAAGGAAGUAUAUUUGGAAGUAUUUUCCAGAGUGCAUAAACGACAUAAUAUGAACCACUAUCUGGAAAGGAAGAAAUUAAAACAUCAAGUACUUGAUAUCACUUCCUUUCCACUGAAAUUAUGUAUUCACUUGCCUUUGGACAGAAAAUACUUAUAACAAUCAAUGUUCUGAUAGCUUGGAUAAUUAGAGUGAAUAUUAAAAGCCCUCUUCGGGAAACAAAAAACACAAUAUUAAGAAAAGAUGGAUGGUUUCUAACGGAUGAUCUUAUCCGCAACGCAACCAUGUAAACUUAAUGUAUCGCACACUGUCGUUUGUGCAUUCAAGUAACCACAGAUUUUGCCAUUUCAUAAUGUAUUUUUAAUUAAAUAACCAGAUUAUGUAGUUAAUUUUCUCUGUUUUUAAUUUUUAUU